AUGUCCUUGAGCAGAAUCCCAUCCACUCUGGACCCUCUUGACCCUCUUACCUCUGGCCCAGAACGACAGCAGAACAGCCACCUGACAAAAUGUCGCAGGAGGUCGAUCAACGCAUAUCUAGGACCCGCAGCGGGCCGAUCUGAUACAAAGUCGCUAGCAACCUCCCCUGCCCUCCUGUUCGUUGUCUCUCACAGAGGUCGAAAGCUCCCUGUAAUCUAUCGCGAUCAAUCAUCCUCCAAGGCGCAGGCUUCAGUCGACACGGCUCGCACAGAUGCAACUGCAGGACCAACUGGCACAGCCCAUCAGCUGAAUGUCGAUCAUGAUAUAAUCAACCAACACAGGUCUUGA